AUGUCUGAUUCUGUGGGUUGGUGCUUAAUCGAAAGCGAUCCUGGUGUGUUUACUGAACUGAUUCGCGAACUUGGCGUGACCGGAGCUCAGGUUGAAGAAUUAUGGACACUGGACAGCAGCUUGUUUGACGCAAUCAAGCCUGUUCACGGUUUAAUAUUCCUUUUCCGGUGGAUAGGAGAAGACCAACCUGAUGGACCGAUUGUCAGGGAUUCGAGAAUUGAAAAGUUAUUUUUUGCUAAACAGGUUAUAAAUAAUGCUUGUGCUACACAGGCUAUUUUAAGUGUAUUAUUUAACUGUCGUCAUCCAGACAUUGAGCUUGGCACAACUCUAAACGAAUUCAAAGAGUUUUCUCAAAAGUUUGAUGCUAAUAUGAAAGGUUUGGCCUUAAGUAAUUCACAAAAAAUUCGCUCAGUGCAUAAUUCUUUUGGAAGGAGCAAUUCUAUUUUUGAAUUUGACGAUACUGCUAAACCAAAAUCAAAAGAUGAUGAGGCUUAUCAUUUUGUCGCAAUUGUGCCUAUUGAAGGUCGUCUUUAUGAAUUAGAUGGAUUGAAAGAAGGUCCAAUUGACUUAGGAUUAAUAAAACCCAAUACAGAUUGGGUUGAAGCUGCAAAACCAUUUAUUGAAAAAAGAAUAAACAAAUAUAAGGAAGGAGAAGUUCAUUUUAACUUGAUGGCAGUAGUAUCCGAUAGGAAAUUAAUUUUGGAACAACGACUAUUGAGCCUUAAAACAGAAGAAUUGGAUGAAGCAACCAAAAUUUCUGAAGAAAGUAAUAUCCGUAUGAAAAUUGCUGAUGAGGAAGACAAAAUGAAACGAUACAAAAUUGAAAAUGCCCGCCGUAAACAUAAUUAUUUACCGUUAAUUGUGGAAAUAUUGAAGUUAUUAGCCAAAGAUGGAAAGUUGGUACCAUUGUACGAAAGAGCUAAAGCAAAAACCUUAGAAAAAGAAAAACAAAAAAUUGGCAAAGUAUAA